GUCUAGUAUUUCGACAAUUGUCGUGUAUGGGCAUAUUUUUUGAAAACCUCGUUUAUAGCUUAUUUUGAAGCCCAGAAAAUUCUCUAUUUUACUAUGUAUGCGCUUUGCUCAAGGACUUUGAAAUCGGACGAGAAAUUGGCGGAAAACGGUAAAUGGCUUUUGUUGAACUGGUGGCGAAAACUGAAAUGUAAUUUUUUUUUCAAAGACACCAGAAGGAUUUUUUGAAAAUGGGAAGUGAAAAGGGAAGCAUUUCCGAUCAUUUCCACUCAAAAUCAUAUUGGGCGAUUUUCUAGCAGAAACCGUUUCCCGUCCUUUAGUACUUUUACAAAAAACGGACAUCUCUGAAUAAGUUUUAUGAAAAUCAUAUUAAAUUUGAUAAAGAAACAUCUCUAUACAAACCACCAACAGAAAGAAAACAACUGGUCAAUACUGAUGAAGGUGACACAUGUCUACUCAUGUAAACCAUUAUCAAAAAGUAGUAUUUUCAUCUUUUUUUAUUGAAUUUUAGAUGAACAACAACCACCUGUUUCAAAUAAAGAUCAAAAUGUAAAUGAUGAUAAAUUGCAAAAUGAUAGUAAUGAUGAUCAUCUGGAAUUAAGAACAUUGUGA